AUGGUCGAUCCAAAGGAACCAGUCGAAGAAGGAGUCGCUCCAACCGAGGAAGAAGAAGAAACCAAAACAACCAAGAAGGGAACUAAGAGAACCAAAGAAGAGGUUGAACCAGAAGAAGUUCCAGAAGAAGAGGAGGAGGAAGAAGAGGAACCAGAAGACGAAGAUGAUGAAGAAUAUGUGGAUGAAGAACAAGACGAGGAUGAAGAUGAGGACGAGGAUGAAGACGAAGAUGAGGAUGAAGACGAAGAGGAAGAUAGAAAGAGGUCUUCUAAGAAGUCUAAGAAGUAA